AUUGGAGAAGGUUCAUUGGACCUUGGUUAUUGGUUAUCUUACAUGAUAAAUUUGUUAAAUCUUUGAGCCUCCAUGAACCUCAUUUAAUCCAUCUCCCCUCUGCUGGUGACCAACGUUUAUUUGCUUCGGCACAUUGAAUCUAUCCAUCGCGCCAGUGUGGUUUGAUACCAGAGCAUUGGACUUUGCGACCCAUUUUACUGUGAUAGGAUCACACCUAUAAACCUUAAGGGAAAACGAUACUAUCACAAUGUCGUUCCUAUUCCCCAAUCAACAUGUCCUCCAUCAGUCCUUCGGUUCGCCAUUGAACCAGAAGGCCCGGACCGUUCCGGCUCCCAAGCCCAGCUCGUACCAGGCCCGUCCGGAGCUCUUCGCGGCAUACUCCGUCAUCGACGACGCCAAGAACAAAGCUCAGAACCUGAGCACCGAGGCCCAGCAAGAGCUCGAUAAAGCCAGCGGCGCAUCCGGCAAGAAGCAAUUGGAGCUCUACACUCCCACCUUCUACGCCGCCGCCACCUUCGGCGGUCUUCUCGCCUGCGGCCUGACGCAUACGGCCGUAACGCCGCUCGACCUCGUCAAAUGCCGGCGACAGGUCGACGCGAAGCUGUACAAGGGCAACUUCCAGGCCUGGAACCUGAUCUUCCGCGCGGAAGGGGUCCGCGGCAUCUUCACGGGCUGGAGCCCGACGCUGUUCGGGUACUCGGCGCAGGGCGCCUUCAAGUACGGCUGGUACGAGUACUUCAAGAAGAAGUACUCCGACCUGGCCGGGCCCGAGAACUCGUACAAGUACAAGACGGUGCUGUACCUGACGGCCUCCGCCUCCGCCGAGUUCCUGGCCGACAUCGCGCUGUGCCCCUUCGAGGCCGUCAAGGUGCGCAUGCAGACCACCAUCCCGCCGCCGUACAAGGGCACCCUCGACGGCAUCAGCAAGAUCACCGCCGCGGAGGGGUGGGGCGGCUUGUAUAAGGGCUUGUACCCCCUGUGGGGACGACAGAUCCCGUACACGAUGAUGAAGUUCGCCUCGUUCGAGACGAUCGUGGAGAAGAUCUACGAGAGCUUGCCCGGCAAGAAGAGCGACUACGGGAAGGGUGCGCAGACGGCGGUCUCGUUCACCGGCGGAUACCUCGCCGGUAUCCUGUGUGCUAUUGUUUCUCAUCCGGCCGACGUGCUGGUCAGUAAGUUGAAUGCUAACCGCGGGGCUGGCGAGGCCUUCGGAGCUGCCGUCGCGAGGAAUUACAAGGACAUCGGGUUUAUGGGAUUGUGGAACGGUCUGCCGGUGAGAAUUGUCAUGAUCGGUACCUUGACCGGUCUCCAGUGGAUGAUUUACGACUACUUCAAGAUGUUCAUGGGAUUCCCGACGACUGGAGGAGCCGCGCCCCCGGAGAAGAAAUAAGUGAAACAUGAGGUGAUAAGAAUAUUUAGUUGCUAGGUUGGGUUGAUCUGAUCGACUGUCGAGUUAACGUGGGGUCGGCUUCGAAUUGGUGGACUUUGUAAUGACUACCUUGACGUAUUGUGUAGGUACAUAGCCAUUUUCUGUUUCAGCAACUCUCCUAUCCGCCGAAAUUGUAAAAUUGUCAUACCACGUGUGGUAUCACGCGAAGGUCCCCGUAUAUUCUGAAUUGGCUAGGUAUCUGCAUAAUCAAGCUACCGUCAUAUUCCUAGUUAGUGAUGAUUGUUGAGGUUUAUAAUCCUUCACGUAUGGGAAUGCGCAUGUAUACUAUAUGAUGGAUGAUGGCUCAAUCUACAAAUUUACUAAGUAUUUUAUAUAAGUAGGGACUAGUGAAAUUUGAAAAAAUCCUAGUCUCGCAAGGCGAAAUAGCGUAUGUAGGUAGGGCUCAAAUUGAGCAUUGUAUUUCGAGACUGCAUUUUCAUGUCCGGCUUUUGCAACCUUGGUGUAUAGCUACCUACCACUUAGGCAUAUACAAAUUCACC